AUGGACCUUACGAGAGAUGUAGAUUCGACGGCGUUGCACGACAAACUGGACGAGCCAACGCCAUGGAUAGGCCUUUAUAUCGCAACAACUUCUUUGGUCUGCACGCUGGCAAUGGCAGCCGAUGCCUCGAUAGGAUUCCGAAGCAAAGAACUCUGGUUCCCUUGUAAGUAUUUCACUCUCAAUGCUUUUUCGUUGACACUAUUAGCUGUCACAAUGAAGCUGCCACUUGAUCUCACGAGUUUUACGAUACAAGAUGACGACAAACUUGCCCGGAUUAGCAGUUUGGUUUUCAUGUCAACCGCUAUGGCCAACUUCACGACGUCUUUGUGGUCCAUGACUGAUAACGAGAUCGUACUAAACUUGGCUGCUUUAGCCCUUCUUGUUCUUACGGUCUUCGGAAAUGUCGCCGUUCAUAUUAUGCACCUGCUUCACUUUUACGAUGUGCAUAGCAUAAUGGAAGAACAAAUUGUAUGUGCUGUCUUCAUGCUUUUUUUGCUUCUGACGUUAUGUUUUUCCGCUGUGAUGCUUCCAACUGCCAAACGACAAAUACACUUGGCGUAUUGUGAAACGCGCAGAAAAAUAUCGAACGAUAAGAAAGUGGUGUGGGGGAAUUUUAGCGAUGGCGAACUCAAAAUUGCUGUGACGAGAUAUUGGGUGAUGGCACAAACGGGGAGCUCCCAAUUUGUGAUCGCACGCUCCGUGACCUGCGUUGCUUCGGGCUUGAUGUGUCUACUGAUGGGCCUAACUCUGUUGCAAGUUGAAACAAGAAAGUUUUCGUACGAAGGUAAAGUUUCUUCGAAUUACAAGUGGUCCAUCAAAUUGAUUCUACUCGUUCAAACCAUCGGAGUGGCAGUGGGCGGUAUUGCUCCUGUUAUAAGAUGGUUCGUCGCCGCCCGAUUCAAGAGCUCGAAGAUAGGCCAUAGAAGUUUCAGAGACGAAUUGAAGGUCGAGAGUUAUUGGACCGAAAGGCUGGUCCAAUGGAGAGAUCGCCCCGUACCUUUAAAAAUCCGGCACCACAUAUACAGGAAACUUCUUCAUCAUGCAAAAGGAUUGCUUCUGAAUUCCUGCAUUAGAGUUCAGAUUACGAUUGUUUGGGCAAAUGAGGAAUCAAGGACUGGAGCAGAGCCGGAUUAUAGCGGUUAUGUGCUACUGCUUGAGGGCGAGUCGCAGCUGCCUCAGAAGACACUGAGAAACAUAUGCAACGAGGUGGAUAAGCUGAUCCGGAGAGGUAAAAAGAAGCAAUGGAAGAACCUUAUCGACUUUUUAAAUAAAUCUGGCAACUUCAAUGGGGUCAGAGAAUUCGACACCAAUCAAAAACCCCCAAACUGUUGGUCUAUGCCAAUCGUGACCUUGACAAGCAUCGCAAUUUCACUCCCUAAAGUUACAAAUGAUACGGCUAAUCGGUUAUUGAGUGUUGUGAGUGGAGGUCUCUACUUUGCAAAGCUUAUAGAAAAAACCCUCAACAAGAACGGUGAUCUGGCAGUCAUUCGGCAUGCAGCUGACGUGAUCUGGGUAGGAGUUGAAUUCUAUCAAACAUGGCAGGAUGUGGAUCUCCGGAGAGAGAGUCUCAAAAGUCAGUCCCACGAGACGACGCUGCAAAACCUUUCCAACAAUGCUCAAACGAUUGUUGAUGAUUUCUUGAGUGCUACGAGGGGCGAUCCUCUGAUGCAGAACCCUCUCAACUGGCCUGUUGAAAUCAUAGCUGCUCGCUCAAUGUACAGGGUAACUCAAACUAUCCUGCAAACCCACACAAACAACGUAGGCCAAAACGACGAGGAGCUGUUCGAGAGAUUAUCGGUAAUGAUCUCAAGCAUAUUGGCAGCUUGCCUCACCAAUUUGGUGUCUGUCAUAAUCUUUAAGUGUCACAGCGAUGUCAUCGAAGAAAGGGAGGAAAGCGUCCGCCAAGCAGCUAUUCUUUUAGGCCAGAGUGACGAAAUUCUUAAAAUUCUACAGCCGCGUGGGCUUCCAGGAAUCGAUCCAAAAGAAGCAGCUUAUAUAGAUUCGUGGAGGGCGUUUAUGGCUGCCUCGAGUAGCAACGGUACACCAAGUCGACGCAGACCUAUUGUCAAGCAAGCAUCAAUGUAA